UGGAAGGUAAUCUGUAUUUCCUGUUUCCGGGAUUCUUCGCUCGCUGACUGGCUGCCUGUCGGCGAAUAAAAUAAACAAAGGCGAAGAAAAACCCACAUAACCGGUAAAGAGUCAGUCACCUGCAAGCGAACAUGGACGCUGGCCUGAGUGGGGAGAAAGUAUCUGCUUUUAUUAAGCGUCUGCAGAACGAGCCUCGAUAUCUGCUGGCCCAAAAUGUGUCGACCUGCAUCGACCCUCUAGAAGUGUGCCUGCACAGACAGACAGUCCAAGACACAGUGCAUAUCUUCCAGCACGCCAUUCCCGCCGAGGGCAAGCCUAUCACCAACCAGAAGAACUCAGGGAGAUGUUGGAUCUUCUCGUGCCUCAAUGUCAUGCGACUUCCUUUUAUGAAGAAGUAUAAUAUAGAAGAGUUUGAGUUCAGUCAGUCCUAUCUCUUUUUCUGGGAUAAGGUGGAACGCUGCUAUUACUUUUUGCACAGCUUUGUGGAGACGGCCCAGAGGAAUGAGCCAGUAGAUGGCCGAUUGGUCCAGUUUUUGCUCUCAAAUCCCACCAAUGAUGGUGGACAGUGGGAUAUGCUGGUUAACCUUAUUGAAAAAUAUGGUGUCGUCCCAAAGAAAUGCUUUCCUGAGUCUCACAGCUCUGAGGCCUCUCGCAGAAUGAAUGAUGUCCUCAAUCACAAGCUGAGAGAGUAUUGUCUUAGGCUGAGGAACAUGGUGGCCAGCAAUGCCACCAAAGCAGAGCUGAAUGAAGCCAUGGACACCAUGAUUGAGGAGGUGUUUCGAGUGGUUAGUGUGUGUUUGGGAAGUCCUCCAGACACUAUCUGUUGGGAGUACAGGGACAAGGACAAGAACUUCCACCGUAUAGGGCCUUUGACCCCUAAGGAAUUUUACAUAGAGCAUGUCAAGCCCCUCUACAACCUUCAGGACAAGGUGUGCCUUGUGAAUGACCCCAGGCCUCAGAAUCCCUUUGGGAAGUUGUACAGCGUGGAAUACUUGGGAAACAUGGUGGCCGGACGCAGCACACAUUAUAAUAAUCAACCCAUUGAGCUCUUGAAGAGAGCUGCUGCUGCUUCCAUCAAGGAUGGAGAGGCUGUGUGGUUCGGCUGUGAUGUAGGAAAGCAUUUCCAUGGCAAACUGGGCAUCAACGACAUGAAUGUGUUUAACCAUGAGCUGGUGUUCGGUGUGUCAGUAAAGAACCUGAAUAAGGCAGAGCGGCUGAUCUAUGGAGAUUCCCUGAUGACCCAUGCGAUGGUCCUUACUGCAGUUACUGAAAAGGACGGGAAGGAGGGAUGCUACAAGAAGUGGAGAGUGGAGAACUCCUGGGGAGAUGAUCGUGGGAAUAAGGGUUAUCUGAUCAUGACGGACGAGUGGUUUUCGGAAUAUGUCUAUGAAGUGGUGGUGGAUAAGAAGUUCGUCUCCCCUGAGGUGCUGGAGGUCAUGCAGCAGGAGCCUGUUCUUCUCCCUGCCUGGGAUCCAAUGGGAGCACUGGCAUAACCAUGGAGACUGAGCAUGUCCAAUCCAACCUCAGCCAGGUCUUUUUGCCUCCACCCUUCUUGAUGGUUUUUUUUCCAAAAGAGCCUGUUCUAGAUAAAAAAAAUAAAAUAAAAUUUUUCCUUUUUUUUA